AUGGAAAACAUAAGCCUGAAUCAGACUGGUGAUACGGAGGGUAUGUUGCUCUGUUUCCCUCACCUGCAAGGCUCCUGUCCUCGAACUCUCAGACUGUCUGUUAUAAGGGUGGCCAUGUACGUCUUCAUGCUGACCACCAUUCUAAUGACUGUGUGUGGAAACCUGUUGGUCAUCAUCUCUAUAUCCCAUUUCAAACAACUAUACAGUCCCACCAAUUUCAUCAUUCUCUCAUUGGCUGUGGUUGAUUGUUCUUUAGGUUGCUUGGUUAUGCCUUUCAGUAUGAUCAGAUCAGUUGACGGGUGCUGGUACUUGGGGAAACAUUUCUGUAAAGUCCAUUCCAGUUUAGACAUGAUGCUUUGCUCUACCUCCAUAAUGCACUUGUGUUUAGUUUCAGUUGACAGGUAUUGGGCUAUUUGUCAGCCUUUGCAAUAUAGGACAAAAGUGACAACAGUCAGGGUGACUGUCUAUAUUGUCAUUAUCUGGUUGAUUUCAUUUGUUUUUAGUUUUGGGAUUGUGCUCACAGACGUGAAUUCAAUGGGUCUAGAGAUGCUGACAAAUCCUUGUGCUGGUAGCUGUAUAUUGGUUAGUAACAAAGAGUGGGGCAUUAUUGCUUCUCUAGUCACAUUCUUCAUUCCAGGAACCAUAAUGAUCUGUCUGUAUGUUAAGAUCUUUCAUGUUGCCAGAAAACAUGCCAGGUUCAUGAAUGACAGGCUAGCUACAGUGACUUGUCACGAGUUAAAGAACCAAGGAUCAGAGCAGCGAGAGAGGAGGGCUGCUAAAACACUCGCCAUUGUCAUGGGGGCCUUUCUGCUAUGCUGGCUGCCCUUUUUCAUUACCACUGUCAUAGAUCCUUACAUUAACUUUCUGACACCUGCUGAUAUUUUUGAUGCGCUUGUUUGGUUUGGUUACUUUAACUCCACAUGUAACCCUGUUAUCUAUGCUUUUUUCUAUCCGCAUUUUCAAAAGGCAUUUAAAAUUAUAAUAGCAAAGGCCAUAGGCCUCAAGACUACCUCGAAUAUUCUUCUGUCUUCAUGA